UUGAAGGGGCAGAGGCAGAGAAGCAGGUACAGUCCAGUCUGCCCUUUGCUGGGGCCUGAUGUGCCCUUCCACCCACCCCACAGGGCAGCUGCAAGCCCACCCCUGUGGGGGCUGCCCAGGGUGCCAAGUGUUCUGCUCAGGGUAAACCAGAAGUGUGCCACAAGCAUGUAGUUUGUGAUCAAGGCAGCCCACGAGCCCCCAACAGAGUGAGCAGGGCGCAGUGUGGAUCUCCAACUGAAAGAACAGAUUGCAAAAAAAGCUGGUAGACUACCAGCCUCUUUUGUGAAAUGAGUAACAUUAAAGAGUAUUCACUUAUGAAAAAAUCUGGAGAAAAAUUCCACAAGCUCAGCGGUGGUCAUCUCUGGAAGGCUCAGAUUAGAGGGACUUUUAACUUUCUGCAUUCUGUCUGUUUCUAUAAUGUUUAAAUGUUCAAUGAUGCAUGUGUAACUUUGGUAAUCAAAGUGGCCAAAAAAAUGUUGUUAAGAGAAGGGGUACCCCCGCCCUUCACCCAUCCUGGUCCUCAGAUUUCCAAAACAACCAGCCUGUGCUGGUAAUUCCCUCUCUGUGUUACCAGGAAGUGUUUAUGCAUCACAAAGGAUUCUGUCACGAGUGUGUCUGAUUAAUUAUUAAAGAGAUGUUGUCAGUUCUGUCAGAUAAGUUUAAUAUUUAGUUCCAGCAUUAAAACAUUAAAGGGUUUGUCCAUUGACUUUGCAUGCCGUUGCUUAGGUGUCAGUUAAAAAGCAGUGAAACAAAGAGGCAAACUGUGUGAUUUUAUUUUGUUUUCAAGACCUCUUAGACCUGAAACACUUUUACUGUUUGUGGUACUACACUGCUUUUCUUAUCUUCAAGCUCAGGAAAAUAGGUUGCUGUUAUAAUUACGGAUGUAGUGAGAAAAGGGAGACUGGGAAAAUUACAGAAUGAAAGAUAAAAUACAUGAUCUAGAAAACUGAAAAGCCCUGAUGACAGGUGGAAAAGGAGGCCCCAGGAGGGGACAUGGGAGAGUGAUAGUAAUAAAGGGGGGCUUCUUGGAAGAGAUGGGCCUGUUUGGGAGAAGAGUGGAGAGGAGGGCAUCAUAGAUGAGGAAGGCAGAUUUAGUCAUUAGGCAGGAGUUCCAAGGGCCAGGUCCAGAAUGGGGCCCACUUGCCCCAUUUCCUCUUUUCUCUGACAGAGGCUAGAGUCCCUGCCUCGGCCGUGGCCCAGGGCUCCCGAGUUGGUGCUGGACAGAGCCAGGUGGGAGGCCCAGCCUCCUUCAACUCUGGACUCUGCCCAGGGAUUUCCAGUGAAAUGAGAAGGCCGGCCAAGGCCCAAGCAGGUUGGAUCCAGCCCAUCCCCGUGGAAACACGCACUUGCGUCUGUCCCCCAGAGGGACGUGUUGACCACAAAUAUCUGCAAGGUCUGGCUCAUGGAGGACGACACACCUAUAGGAAGAGAGUCCAUCUCUCUCGCCUCAGUGGCCAACGGUUUGGACAACAGGGGGGCUGAGCUCUUGGAAAGUCUGGAGGAAGGCCAAGACCCUGGCAGCAACGCAAGCCCUUUGGAAGUUGGGGACAGCUGGAGCAAGGCUGGCCCAGAGCCCUCCUCAGGAUGGAGAAGGAGGCUGCAACCAGCCCUGAGAGUGAGACACUUCUGCAGGGAGCACGCACAGCUGUUCCGCUGGAUCUGCAUAGGCCUGCUCUGUACUGCAUAUACUGCCUUCCUGCUGGCAGCCUGCAUCCUGAAUUUCCAGAGGGCCCUGGCACUGUUCGUCCUCACCUGUGUGGUCCUCGUCUUCCUGGCCCACAGCCUGCUCAAGCGGCUGCUGGGGCCAAAACUGCUGAGGUGUGUCAAACCUCUAGGGCAUCCCUGCCUGAAACUCUGGUUUAAGAGGGGUCUAGCCCUUGCUGCUUUCCUGGGCCUGGUCUUAUGGCUGGCCCUGGACACCUCUCGGCGGCCUGAGCAGCUGGUGUCCUUUGGCGGAAUCUGCGUGUUCGUUGGCCUCCUCUUUGCCUUCUCAAAGCAUCACCGCGCAGUGUCCUGGCGGGCUGUGUUCUGGGGUCUUGGACUGCAGUUUGUACUCGGACUCAUCGUCAUCAGAACAGAACCAGGGUUUAUUGCAUUUCAGUGGCUGGGCGACCAGAUCCAGGUCUUCCUGAGCUACACUGAGUCCGGCUCCAGCUUCGUGUUUGGGGAGGCUCUGGUCAAGGAUGUCUUUGCCUUUCAGGUUUUGCCCAUCAUUGUUUUCUUCAGCUGUGCCAUGUCAGUUCUCUACUAUGUGGGCCUCAUGCAGUGGGUGAUUAUGAAGAUCUCCUGGCUGAUGCAGAUCACCAUGGGCACCACGGCCACAGAGACCCUGAGUGUGGCUGGGAACAUCUUUGUGAGCCAGACCGAGGCUCCUCUACUCAUCAGACCCUACUUGGCAGACAUGACACUCUCUGAAAUCCACGUUGUCAUGACUGGAGGCUACGCUACCAUUGCCGGCAGCCUGCUGGGCGCCUACAUCUCCUUUGGGGUACGUACAGCCCCCUUCUGCUUGCUGAAAACCAAGAACCUAUAA